CUCGCUUCGCAAACGAGGCGAGUGGCUGAUCUAGUAGGUGAAUUUUGUAGCAAUAUCACUCCAGGCGUUGAAAACAUUUUGAAGUGUAAAGUACACUUGUAUAUGCGCGCACUUUCAAGUACCGAUACGCAACGAGCCGUGACUGGUUUAUUCGACGUAUUAUUAGAUUUUUCUUCAAGGACGCGAUAACUGAUGAGCUUCAUAUCAGUUUGACUUAACAUAGAACAGCUCGACAUACAGCGAACGUCACUCACCGGAACGACGCUUGGGUCAUGCAGAGUCUGCAAGUUUCAGUGCGUGCGAAACAUACGCUUCUCCUUUCGCUCUUUAUUAUUCCUACGCUGCUCCGACGUGGUGUCAACUACAGCGUGUCAGCGAGCCCCGAACAAGAGGUCGUUUUCACGCCUCGCCACACCAACAUCAGCGAAAUCACCUUAAACGGCGUCGAAGACACGCAUACCCUCGUCAAAGACAAGGCGGACGUAAAAACUGAAGUGUACGGUUACGUAAAUCUCCCUAUCGUGCUGAAGAGGGAAGACACGUUUGAGUGGUUACCAGUGAACGGAGGCGAAUUGAAAAUUCAACAAAUUCUGCGCAAUCUAUUGGCUUCGACGCCAGUCGAAUACAAAUCUAAUGCGAUUUCUAGUGUGUCCCGUGGUAGAGGUGCAACAAUAAACAUCGGAGCGCAUGAAUGCUUUUUCUGCGUGAUUUUCAUGCUCAGCGGGUACCGAGUGUACGCCGUAGAACCUCUGCCUCUCUGUGUUUCUGGCAUUCAGGAAACGUUUUCCUUGUACCCACGGCAGUUCGUCAGACGGGUUUCGUUGUAUAACAACUACGUCAGCGAUGUGCCGAUCGCGAUCGACACCCCGAUCAACACUUGCUCUGGCACGUUUCACACACACGCCGAAGGCGUCGGCGCUGGACACAAAAUCGUGUCGUCAAUCGCGCUCGAUGACAUCCCUUUGAAUGAUGACGACGUUGAAAUAUUGGCCAUAGAUACGGAAGGUAAUGAACUGAGCGUCUUGUCGUCCGGCAUGCGCAUCUUCAGAACGAAAACGGUGAAAAAUGUGUUUUUUGAGUACACCGCGGUGUGGUAUCGCGAGCGCACGAGCUUUAGUCUUCACAGAGCGAUUGAGUUAAUGGAGGAAAUCAUCCGACUUCAAGGGUACAAAUGUUAUUUACUCUUAGAUUUCGUUGAAUCGAUUUCAGAUACAGAAGAACUGGACAUCGGCGCGAGAUUGGAACGAGAUUGGAACGCCAAAACAACCGACAACCAAACCGACAUUUACUGUACUCGCUGCAAGCAUUGGUUAAAGGUGAAUCCACUUCACGACGCGUCUGCAAAAGCACAAGUCACAGAAUUGUGCAGCACGUAUUCCUGACGUUCCCACAAGAAGAUUACGAUUUACUUAGGGUGAUCGACACAGAAUUGGAAAUCGCGUCGAGCGCCAAACGGUCGCACAGCCAUCCUCCAGUCGUUGUCAAAGGGCUACACGAAAUAGCUUUUGGUACGCCUUCGCAUUUGCGUGCGAGCAGAACUCGUGCGAUGAACGCCGACAGCGCGUGAAUCCGCGCAUCAUAAGACAGAGUGUGACGAUUCAUCGAGGCGUACCACUCCGCGUCGUUCUUUCCACUCACAGCGCGACGUUGCACCGAUUCGAAUGUCUGUCCUGCACGUCUACUGCGACGCGAACAUUGGUGUGGCCUAGUGGAGAUGAAAAGCUUAGGUUCAAGUCGCCUCAACGCAAAGCUGCCUCUUUU